AUGAUUGAUUUAUUCAGCUUGAGGAAUAGGAACUCAGAAGUAACUGACCUAAGUGGUAAUCAUUCUUUAACAUAAAAAUCUGUGUUGCAUGAAUUGUCAAUGCCUAAAAUUAAUAUUUUAGUGUCAUCUUUUGAACCAAAGUUAGAAAAUUUAAUUAAAGCAGAUGGUGAUUGUAUUGAAAUCAACCCUGAAACUGAGAGGGUGAUGAAGAAAACUCAUUAAAGGAGAGAUAUGUUCUAAAAUGAAAUUUUGAAAGGAAAAAAAUAACAUAGAGUAACAUUUCGAGAUCAAAUCCUUGGAUAAUCUCUAAAACAAAUUAAGUACUAUACUAAAGAACCUCAAUAAGAUCUUGAUGAAUGCUGCCCUUGCAAAAUCUUUUGA